AGAGGGCAAGGGAAGCAGUCAGAGAGGAAGGCUGGUUUUGUGGCUGAGACAACGGAUCGGGAUUCAGGAGUUCUAGGGUCAAUUCUCUGUUGUGCCACAGGCUGCCUGGGUGACCUUGGGCAAAUCACCUGACCGGUCUGUGCUCAGUUCCUCAUCUGUACAAUGUAGAUACCGAGACUUCCUUUUUCCCACCCUUCAGCUGGUUUAUCUCUUCGGUUUGUAAACUCUUUGGGGAAGCAACUGUGGGUCUGUGGAGCACCUAGUGCGGUGGGACCCUGAGCUCAGCUGCGGUAUCUCAGCACGGCCGUAAUACAAUGAAAUAAUCCGUGCAGCCAGCCAGUCACGUCACUGACUGGAUUAUGGGCUGCAGCAGUGGGUGCGUGUGUCAGCAAGCAUCAUUCCCGCGCCAUGGAUGAAGGGUGGCCAUCGUACGCUAAGCUCUUGCUUGGCUUGUCUCAUUACGAAAUCUCUGGGCUUCCUGUGUGACGAGGGACAGCAGGUAGAGCGGGGGCUUAGCUGGUAAAGUGGGGUGACGCAUCUAGCCCCCAAACUCUGAUCUGCAAUGCCUGAGGAUUCACUGAGGGGUGUGUCUGCCUGUCUGGCAGCUGUGUUGAUGUGGGGACCACGUUUUCCAAAGCACUCAGCUCCCAAUUAGGGGUCAGAGUAAAGGCCAGACUUCUUAAAAGUGGACCCAAUGUGCUGAGCCCUGGCGAAUCUGGCCCUGAUUGUGGGGGCUGGGCUUUUGAAAAUUCUGGCCUAAGCAUGUUGAGUGCCCUCUAGUGGUAGUUCCAAUUAUAGUUCUACUUAGUACAGGAAAUGCCCGUUGGACUAUGUUACCCAGAAGCCUUAGGAGGAAGUUGAUUGUUUCAUUGCCCGGUGUGUCAUCAGCAAUGAACCUAAAAGUUCCUUAUAAAACAAACCCCCUCCCACACGUGUCUAAUACGCCACAAUCUCCCUGCUUCCCAGUCAGGCACCAGGAGGCAAAGAGCAACUCUGGAGGCAGCACGGUGCAGCGUUCCAAGUCGUUCAGCCUGAAAGCCCAGGUGAAGGAGAUGUGCGCGGCCUGCCAAAAACCCGUCUACCCCAUGGAGCGGCUGGUGGCUGAUAAAUUCGUCUUCCAUAACGCCUGCUUCUGCUGCAAGCACUGCCAUGCCAAGCUCAGCCUGGGCAGCUACGCGGCGCUGCACGGCGAGUUCUACUGCAAGCCCCACUUCCAGCAGCUGUUCAAGAGCAAAGGCAACUACGACGAGGGGUUCGGGCGCAAGCAGCACAAGGAGCUGUGGGUGCACAAGGAGGUGGAGAGCGGGACCAAGAUGGCGUGAUGGGGUCCGUUCCCGCCCCCCCACCCCGCCGACCCCAGAAGGGGCAACGUGGAGCGUACAGCUGAACCGAGGGCUGACUGAGCUGCUGUAAAGCAAAGCGGACCCGCAGGGGGCAGGCAGAUGCCACCUGGCUCCAAACAGCCACGUGACUGGGGUGGCGGGGGGGGUGUCCUUUGGCAGGUGGGUGCUGGGAAGCGCAAGGCUCAGUGGGGGCGGUUGGAGGGGGCCGACCUGACUGGAGGAUGAGCCUUGAGAGCAGGUGCUCGGUGGGAGAGGGUCAGGGCUGGCCCGGGUGUAUCUGCUAAUAUCUAUAUGGGGCCCCCCCUUGCAGAAAUCGGGGAAGAGCCGCUGGGCGCCUGCCAGACGAGCAUGCAAAGUGCCCUGCCUUUAACCCCGUCCCCAUUCACGAGGCCCAGGUGUCUGCUGCUCUGGAGAAGGAAGCAGCUGGGAGCCCACAGAGCCAGUGCCUGGUGUCAACUGCCCCCUCCCACUCCCGUCCUGCCUGCCGGUGCCGGCGUGAGAAGCGGGGGGUGGGAGGGGUGUCGCUCUUUGGUUUGCAGCAGCUCAGGCCAGCUGAGGUUGUUCAGCCUUCCCGAGGUUGCCCCGUGACCGUUUAACGUCGUCUGUCUGGUUUUUCUAUUUGCCUUUGAUUGGUACGUUCUGCACCGGGCCGCGGCCACGCGCUUUUUUUGAUUAUUUUUGUAAUACAAGGUUUCCGAGCCUU